AUGUUCAGCAGCGCGAGAGUGUUUUUGGAGGAAGGUGGUAAGUGCGAUCACAUGAAGAUUCUGAGGGGCACCAAGGGCAGGCGCAGCGAGGAGGCCCAGAUGAGGAGGUGCCGGCGUGGGGUGAAGUCCGGGUGGGUGUGUGGAGGGGGGGAACAGGCGAUGGGAGAGGGGGGGCAGGCGGGGUAUCAGUGGGGAAUGGUGUCAGCUGCAGAGGCAGAAGGGAAAGCCAACAUCUUAAUAAAACUGCCUGAGGCUAAAUCCCAUUAA